AUUUAUUCAUACAUUAAAGGCUGUAUUUGCAGGUGUUUUGUACCGUCGCCUCUUCUUUUGUUAUGCUUAUUAAGGUCUUUAUUAAGCUGACAGAUGCGAUGCAAAUUAAGUUAUUACUUAUGAUAAUUGUUGUUUUGUUGGUGUUAGCGACUGAAGGCCAGUGAUACCUGUCUGUUUGUUUCUUUUCAGUGGGAGAUGUUAAACGUUUCGGAUGAAAACACAUUCUGCUUCCUAGGAACCAAAGACAACCAUUGCUGCUCCAUAUAAGUGUGUUUCUAAGGGAUAUGCGUCUAAUUAAUUGAAACAGAAGGCCUACAAGCAUCCGAUGGGAGUCUGAAAUCCAUCGACCCGGCCUAUGUUUCUCCAGAUUUCUCCGGACCCUCACACCGGGGGUCAAACCUCACACAUGCGGGAGCAGUUUGACGACGAAGAAAGAGGAGUAAGAAGACACCUGAGGAUGCCGUUGUGGAAGUGACACACAUGACGGUCCCUAAGCGCUUCAUUUGUCGAAGCAGAGGGUUCAACAGAUCUCAGUCUGUGUACAUUUCUGCUUUAGAAGCGUAAAUAUUUGACUACUUCCGCCGUCUCCACUUUGCCCCCCGUAAGACGCAAAUUUCAUCGGAGGACUAUUAAAAUGUGAAGGCUCGGGUUAUGAAUAUGAAUCGCUCGGCAUUUACAUGCAUCAUUUGUGAAAUGACGCAGAAUGAAUUUUCUUCGCGGAGAGCGGGAGAAAUUACAGGCUGAGCUCUUUCUUGGAGGAGAGUCCUGAAUAUCCUUUAGCAUUGUGAGGAAAUGUUUAAUCUGUCUCCCGCUGGGAAACAGAAGCCUAAUGCAGUAUCUCGGUGCCUCUGCUGUCUGCCGGCAGAAUGGCGGAGACAUUUUAAUGCAUUUCAGAGUUCUUCUCUAGGUACGAGAUGAUGGACGGAGGAACCUUAUAUUUGCGAACACCCAGGGUUUAAUGCACUCAGCGCCGCUCGCCGCCUUGUCUUCCAGCCAACAAAACAUGUUCCGUGGAAUAAAAGAAAAAGCAAAGCACGAAAUUAUUCUCCCUGCCUUCUAUCAAGCUCCUGCAUUCAGCAGCGCGUCUGAAGGGCGCGUCAGUCCGCCUGCCUCUCUCAGAGAGGUAAUUAUCCUUUUUCCUGUCACAGGGCUCCAAAUGAUCUCUAACCACUGGGGAGCUUUUUUAGGGGCUCAGCUUUGUCAAUAGGAAGUCGAAAGAGCUUUAAUUUUCAGACAGCUGCACAUGUACUUUCAUCUCGGCAUUAUUCCCCUAUAGCGGUCAUCUAUCCGAGCGCGAGCUUUUGUCUGUGACGUGGGGUCCGCGCGCGCGCCCGCCGCAUUAACAUAUUUAUUUAUAGACUUACACUUUUCUUACAGUCAUUUUUGUGUAACAAUUUUCACACUCGACAUUGUCUGUGCAAUUUCCCUUUCAGUGUCUCUCUCUGUUUUCUCCUCUCUUUCCUUCCCUUUCAGAAAGAGCCAUGAAUGGAUGGAAAAUUAUCACAAUUACUCACAUAAUUGAGCCGUCUUUGUGGCAAGUGCGGCUCGAGGAGCCCUUUUUCCAUCAGCCAAAAUGGUUUCAUUAUAGGGGUUUUCAUAUUCCCUGACACGGGGCACGGAGGGGGGAGGCGGGCGGCGAGGGGCUGAGGAGCGCUGUACAAGUCGCUGGGGGAGAAGGGCGGAUCAUUAAGGUCACAGUGGGGAUAAUUAUCUUGACUAUGGAAAGAGCAUCCAGCACCUUUUUCCUCUUCCCCGCCACAAAAGCACCGUCCCUGGCCUUUCGGCACAAAGAACUUUGGAAUAAAUGGAGCUUCCACCUACAACUUGUUCACAAAGAGAGAGAGACUUGUAUCAACAUGACAAUUUUCCAUUAUUAAGACUAAUGGCGGGCUGCCUUGGGAGAUCAAGGGGAGAGGGGAACGUGUUCAGGUGCGCUGGAGUACUGACCUCUCCCCCGUCUUUGUUUGGGACUUAACUCCGAACAAAACCCUAAAGGGGCUGGAGAACCCCCCUCCGCCGCGCCUCAUUAUUUCAUUACAGAAUUUGCAUGUUGCCCGUCUUUGUGGGGCCAUUAAUUGGACAAUGGGAAGUGCAUUUGCGACGGUGUAAUCAAACCUUGUUUCAAUAUGCGUAGAGGAGGGAGCAGACUAAAUAAAGCGACGCUGAGCGGAGAUGCAGGCAGCUGUUGGAAAUCGACGGCCGGCCCCGAAUGCUCGCGCUUCGCCAGGCUCUGACUUUUAUCGAUUUUAAUUUGCCGCUUAGUUUGAAGACCGCCUGUCUCGAGCCUGGAGACGCGACAAGCGCGAACACCACGAGCCCGCGACAACCCCGCGGCCGUUUCUUUUCCUCCUCGUCGAUGCGUUAAGCGAACGUCCGUCGGGCGGAUUUUUCUAUUUCUCCCGGUAGCACCUAACUCAGGUAAUUGGUCAUUUUGGGAGGGCAAUUUUGGGGCAGGUGGGGGGACGCCGGGCGGACUGUUCUGACCCCCGCUGCUGUGGUAAUGAUGGAGGGAGGCUGGCGGUCACCUGCGGCCCAGGUGACUGAUGGGUGUAGCAGAGGAUUCCCGAGCUGAUCCCGUCCAAUCGCCCACAAAACCGCUGCUGAAUCACAGCCGCGUGCGUUUUGGCAAUCGCGUGACACGCACACCUGUCAUUUGCUGCUAGAUUUCAUAUUUUAGAGAACGGACGGUCUCCUGAAGGCCCCCGUGAUCUUUCUCUAAACGAAGCCUGCCCAGGAAACCGUAAUGAUGGGUGCAUUUGAUACAGCCCUUUAUUUAUUGAUUUCAGCAAACAUUACAUCAGAAUGAUUCAAAGCUUCGCGUGAUAUUAUGUUUUAAUAAUUAUGUAGUCAGUAAAAUAGCAUGUGUGCGUGUAUCUCAGCAGGUGAGAAACACUGGCCAGACGUUUCUGUUCAUUUCAUUCCAAAACGAUGAGACCCUUCUGGAAAAAAACAUACAAAUAAUAAUAAAAAGGAAUCCACGAGCUUAAUGCAUAUGGUAUGCAAAAAUUCUAUAUAUUUAUUAGAGGUGCCAUAUCUAAAAUCCUCCACACUUCUAAUCAAUCUCCAAACAAUCAUAUCUGCUGUUUCACCUUUUUUAUACAUUGAUACACGUUUAGAGCACAGCAAGCAUUAUAUUCAUACAGCUGACACACACGCACACACACACACAAAACAAGAACCUGUCAAAGAACUGUAAAAUUAUUUACAAAUAGGGUAACGCUUUAUUUUAAGGUGUCCUUGUAAUUGCAAUUAAUUACGGGCAACUAACCCUAUAAGACAAACCCUAUCCCGACCCAAACUUUAUAGUUAAUUAACACUUCGACGCUUUGAGAAGAGCACCUUAAAAUAAAGCGCAACGCUUUGUCACAAUUCACAAAAAAACAAACGAGUGAUUAAAUUGUGUUUAAUUCUGUCCCAAAAUCGUCUUGUUCUCAGUCUCUGGCGUUCCAAUGGAAACAAAAAACCUUACAAACCCAGCAACUGCAUUAUUUUAACAUCACACUUAACCGUUCCGUGCUGAUUGACACAGUAAUCUGUGGUUACACCUCAGAGUGUCCUCUCUCUCACACACACACACACACACACACACACACACACGUGUUGCUCUCAGUCUCAACAAAUACUCUCACAGUGUCUCUUUGUCCAUUGGAAUUCAGUGGAGCAGCAAAUUGAAGGUGCUGCCUGCUUAAAACCCUCCAAGAAGAAACCCAGAAAAGCCACAGCUGUUUUAACAUCAGGAUUGAUCAGAUGCUCUGAAAUUGGAUCAUUACGUCUGAUCGAAUCCGGCGCCGAGAGGAAAGCACAGGGCUGGAUUCGUGUAAUUGUAAGUCCCUGGGUAAACACCGGACCGACGUUCAUCCCCAAACACGGAGCACAGACGUAUUCGCUUGAGAUCUCAAUGUUAAUGCUCUCUUAAUAACAUUUAAACAGCUCCACUUAAACCUGAUUCGUUCAGUCCAAAUAUGCGGUGAAAUCUAAAUUGAGUCUAGGGCUUUUUUUUUUUUUUUUUUUUUUUUUUUUACACUGUCAUUUUCGGUACGUGUGAUGUUAUAAUAUGAUAAUGGGAUCAUAUUCCGUUUGAUAAGUGCUCUGUCUCUUUAAUUUGAAAUACCCCUCCAUCACGACGCAGGGUCUGUCAGUAGGAUGCACUUUCGCAUGAGGCAAACAAGUGUAGAUUGAAUUAGAGAUCGUGUAGUGCACUACAACUUAUUUUCGUCGAAACGAAAGUUUGAAAGCUAAUGCAAACAAAUCGAGUCCGUUUUUUUGAAUUGACCCUGCUUAGAAAAUCUGAACAUAAGGACAGAUGCAGAUGACAAUAAACGACACGUUCUGCACCGCAUCGAUUCUCGUCCGCCUCGUGACGCUGUCUCGCAAUCUGCUAACCAUUUUUUAAAUAAUUAGACAUCUGUCCGGACUUGGCUUUGGUUCUCAGGAGCACUUUAUCAGCGGGGACAUCUCGCGGGUCGCACUAACCAGAGAGCUGGUAGGAGAGCUUCGUAUUGAAACAAUUAAAAAAGAAUCCAAAAACAGAAACCAAUCAGGGACUUUUGCCUUAAAUACGGAAGUCCCUUUACAGUUGAGAAUCAGACCCUGCUGAAAGGCCAUAAACUCAAUUGUCUCUGUUUGAAGCGGUUUGUCAGCUCAUGUCUGGAUCAGAAGCGCGCGCGCGCACACACACACACACACACACACACACACACACCGAGUGGGCCUGAACUGGUGUGGUGCACUAAAUCAGGGCAGCAUAGCAGGUGUUUGACUCUCAUUCUUGAUGAUCCUCUUCUCUGGAAAGUGCUCUAACUCGUCAUCUCACAUGCUGCUUUAUUUGAGCCGCGUCUAAACAGAAAACCGCUGUGGUAUCAUCCGAACGCGGUGGGCAGUUGGGCUGAGCUCUGUGUUUAUUACGGGACCGACCGCAUGGGCAGCAGGAUGACUGUGUCAAUAUUUCAUCGCCAGCGUUUUUUUUUCUGCCAUCCUUUUAAAUUAAAACCACUCUUGGACAUCAGAUUUGAUUUUUAAACUGAAUGGCCGGCAGAAUAUACCGGUUCUAAAUAGAUUUAAAAGAUUUACAGUUAAAUAGAAGCCUGGUGCGGGAGAAAAAGCUAUUCUAAAGUUAACUUCUAUUAAUAUCAUUAAAUAUUUUUUUUUAUUUUGAUGAUUUCUUUACUUUACUAUCAAUAAAUGCAUUAUCGCUGCUGCGCUACAUAUAUUCAGUAUUAAUAAUAAUAAUAAUAAUAAUAAUGUGAUUGCAUUAUUAUAAAUCAUUGAGAGCGUUUGCUAAAUAAAUAAUUAAACACGUGUGAGUGUGUAAUUAUCGAAUUUGAAGCUAGUCUUUUUAUAGGAAAUUGUUUGUCCCUAUUCCAUGUAACGCUUUAUAUCUCAUGCAUUCAGAAUAACGGAAGACAAUAAAAACGCGCAACUAGUUUGUUCUGGAUGGUGAUAAUUAUUGGCUGUAAUGCUGUCAUUAUUUUCGCUAUUGACGAGGAUCCCCGAGGUUGAUUGCGAAUGUCAUUUGAAAUACAAAUUGCUUUAAAUUGGACAAUUUUGAGGACGGCGGAUACCUAACAGGUAUUUGUCCAACGCGCUCGUCAGUGCGUAUCAUCUGGGCAUCGCGGACACUUUUUGCGCAACAUUCUGGAGUUUUUGCGAUUUCACUGCGUUUUAUUAUGACGGAAUGUAAGUGAACGCACGUGGAGAUUAUGACCAUUUCGAGCGAGACACAGCCGCGGAGACUGAGAAAGAGAGAUAGGAACGAGAGGAGGAUGCGGAGGUGUGAUCCGCGCCGGGAGUCGCGCGCAAACGGUACGACCGGUCUCGUUCUCUCCCGCGUCUUGUGAAAACGAGCGUUUUGUUUUUUCUCUGCUCUCGGCGAGUUAGCCGUCUCGAAACAAAACGUGUCGUUGAAUCGCCGUGCCUGUCACGAAACGUGUUUCCGAAAAGCUGCACGUGGGGGGAAAAAUGCAAUCGGUUACUUCCUGCGUCGCCGUUUAUCAUUUUUAUAACGCCGCUAUUUUAUCCAAACCGUAACUGCUUGUUUUGUGAAAAAGGUUUGAACGGAUUGUAAACGUAAUUUUUAAAUAAUGAAAUCAAAGAGUAAGGCCCGUGCUCGGUUGAAUGGCAGGCAGAUGACUCUGCGACACAAUUUCCCAGUCUGCUGGUCAAAUAUUUUUUAUUAAAUAUCAAUCAAAAUAAUAUAUUUAAAUACGAUUGCGUGGUUUUUAAUCUCGGUUGCGGGGUCAUUAAUAAUUAUGCAAACGUAAGAUGUUUGUUUUGUUUGCUGCUUAACGUUUUUUUUCCCAUUAAGUAGAUAAAUAUACAUUAGAGUUUAUUCGAUAUAAACUGCAAGCUUGUGCAAGCUGCGUAAUUUUUUAAACGUAGGUGGUGAACGUUGCUUUGGUGUAGCUGUGUUAUUUGUCCAUUUGUUUCAAUGUUAUUAUUAUUAUUAUUAACUUUUCCUGCAUUUAUGGGCGUGCCACGUACGGAUUAAUCGCACUCGGGCGUCACAUCCGAAAACCUAAAACCUGCAGAAUUCAUUUUUGCGAUCAAAAUACAAAGCAAAACCACCGCCACGUCAACCGAACUCAGAUCUGACAGGAACUCGCCGGAUAACAGGAGCUGUUACCAACACCGACCUGUUUCUCUGAUCCUCGAGCGCGCGAAAAAAAAAAAAAAAAAUCAACCCACGCGCGCGCGCGCGAGUGAUGCGGAUCCGCGCGACGCCGCGAGUGUUAAAUACACGGCUAAUUAUGCGUAUGAAAAUUAAACAACAGUGUUAUGCUAAUUCCGCUGGUUUCAGCUGUGUCUUCAAGCACUCGAGACUGGCAUUUUAACCGAAUGAAUCGUCAAAGUAAUUCAUCUUCGCUUGGGAGACAUUUAUACCUGUGCUUAAUCGCGUUCGUUAGGUCUUAAAAUUCGAGGGCAGGCUAAAUUUGUUCGUCAACUUUUCCAUUCUGAUGUCGGAUAAUUGAGUUUGUUGCCGUUAGCACUUAUUAAAAUUGCGCUUUAAUAAUAAUAGUAAUAAUGCCGUGGCGUUGUUAUUGGGCUUAUUAUUAUCCACCGUGAAAAUGAAUUGUUAGCGAAAGAAGCGUAUCGUUCCGCCUUAAUGAGCGCUUUUUGAAACCAAAUCUCAAAUAUCCCAACCAAACAAUUUUGAUGAUUUUUUUUUUUUUUUUUUUUUUGCGUGGCCUGUGCUACGGGAAGCUGUUUGAGCUCUCCAUACGCGUCUCGGCCUAUAUGCAUCUCGGUCCAUUCCCUAAAUUUCUAUAUUAGCAUUGCACAAUAGAGUCACAGGUUGGUCUUAUUUCUUGAGUUUAUCAGGUCCGUCGGACCCGACCCUCGGAUUACCAAUCCGCGUCGCUCUUGGAGGGAGUGGACCAAUCAGAGAGCACCUUGGAUAAAUAUUCAUGAUUCCCCGAUUCAAACCUUUGAGCGAGUUUGUGUGGAUCCACAGCAUCGUACCUAGACUUUUCACAGAGACAAACUACAUUUUCUUAUGAAUGGAAAGUGAAAAAAUCAGUUGAGCUUAAAUUGGGACCCAUCCUUCACUCAGAUCAUAGAAGAAAACAAAAAAGCAGGGGGAGAGAGAGAGCGAGCGAGAGACAUGACCAUGUCUACAAUACCAGAGAGUCUAAACAGCCCAGUCUCAGGAAAGAACGUGUUCAUGGAAUUUGGGCCACCGAGUCAGCAAAUGUCUCCUUCGUCUAUGACCCACGGACAUUAUUCAAUGCACUGUUUACACUCGUCUGGACACCCGCAGCACGACAGCGCGUACAGCCCGGCUCCGUCCUUCCCCAGAUCUCUGCCUUAUCCAUACGUCAACUCGGUCGGUAGCCAUUCCUCCAGCCCGUACCUCAGCACCGUGCAGACGUACCCAAACAACUCGGCUUUGGCGCAGACCAGACUGGAGGACCCAGCGCCGGAGUCAGAGAAAAACACCGUGGUGGAAGGAGGAGAGGUUCGUUUCAACGGGAAGGGCAAAAAGAUCCGCAAACCCCGGACCAUCUACUCCAGCCUCCAGCUGCAGGCUCUGAACAGGAGGUUCCAGCAAACUCAGUAUCUGGCUCUGCCGGAGAGAGCCGAGCUCGCCGCGUCUCUGGGGCUCACGCAAACACAGGUGAAGAUCUGGUUUCAGAACAAACGCUCCAAGUUUAAGAAGCUGAUGAAGCAAGGAGGGGGAACAAUAGACACGAACGCUUUGGCUAACGGGCGCGGACUGUCCACCGGAUCUCCAUCCGUGGCGCCCGUCUGGAACUCGACGGCCAGCGUCAAAACCUCCACACCGACCUCGUACAUUCCCAGUUACACCUCGUGGUAUCCCACAGCACACCAGGACACUAUGCAGCAGCCGCAGCUCAUGUGAACCAGCGCUGCUGACACAACCCCGCCCCUCUAUCCACCAGUGGCCCAGUUCAGGGGACCCGACACAGGCCAGUCACUCUGCGGCCUUACACACACACCGGCCCUCCGCAGCCCAGACCAGACGCGAACCGGAGACGCUCUCAAAGACACCCGCUGACGCGCGCGAAGGUCGCGCGCACCGGAGAGGAAACGCGUCUCUUUUUUUUUUCAGUCGAAGGGAACGCCGGGAAAGUGGGUCAAAUCAAAGCUGCUGUUCUCCCCUCUUUCCGUGACUUUUUUUUUGAUGUGUAAAAAAAAAAAAAACAUGAAACUGUACCUAGUCAGAAAUGUAUUGCCAAAUUUGUAAUUUUUCCGUAUGAAAAUUGGAAUUACCCACAGCGAAGCGCUGGGCUGUGAGCGAGAGCGACGCGAGCGUCACGCAGAAACGCGCUUUUUUUUCCCCAAAGCGCCGGGGCGCGUGCGGUCGCCGUGGCGCGGCGAACGUGUAAAAAAAAAACUGGGAUAAAUCACACCGUGAGCGACGUCUCGAGAUUUUCCCCAUUUUAAAGGGAACGAAGAAAUCUUUAAACAAAGUUAUUUUGUAUGUAUGGCGUUCUUUGUGUUUAUUUAAAUAUAACUUAUUUAGAAUUUUUCCGUUUGUUCGUUUUUUAUCUGUUUGUAUAUUUUAUUUAAAAAUAAAUGUUCCUUAAAUUAUGAUGUGAGGCUGCACUAUAAAAUAGAAAGACACUUCCCUUUUUCUUUUUUUGUUUUUGUUGGAUCCUGCGAAGAGAAGCGGAGCGCAGAUAAACGCGUCUGUCGUCGCGUCGGAUGGGAAGUGUUGACAGCUCUAAUGUACAGAAAUAGUCGUUUUCGUUGUGUGCUGAACAAUUUGUGCAAAAAGGAUCUAAACAUGAUUGUGUUGAUUAAAAUUAAUGUGUCUUUCCGUUUCACAUUGAAAAAUAGUUUUAUAGCUCCUGCCGGUCGCGUUAAUUUAUUGUUUUUGUUUCAUGGAGUCUUGUAUAAUGUGUAAACUCGAACAGUAAAAAUCUGCUUAUGAAAGAAGUUACAAAAUGUCAUCGCAACGUUUAUUGCUUUGCCAAAAAAAAAAAAAAACGAAGGGAACUCAGGUAACGACUGAACUAAUGCAAAAAAAACGUAUUGUUUUGUAAAUAAAUAGGCAUAUUUAGAUAUUUAGCCGGCUUGAUUUAAUAUCCACAAGGGUUUGUUGUCUGCAGCGCAUUUCAAACUAAAUAAAAAAAGCAUUUUCAUCAUAAUAAAA